AUGAUCGUUGAUGUCGAUGCAACAUUAAAGUCUGUACUCGAAUCACCUGAGAAUGCGACUGCGAUUGAACUUACCCAGGAUUCCACCAGCCGCUUGUCGUCCCGCGCAGAGCCCAAGGUCACAUAUGAUAAGUCGGUUACUCUUAUCCCCGUCUCUGUUUCUGCACCGGAAGUCGUCAAAGGCUCUGGAUCUCAAGAUCCACUGUUCCUACCAAAUCCUCAUGGAAGCAGCAGGGAUGUUAAACAAAUGAUGGAUAACAUUGAUUUGGACAGUUUACGAAAAACCUGGACGAACCUGACAAUCGUUGACUCAGUGGAAGAGCAUGUGACAGUUCCUCCUUCUAUUACUGUCAACGUGUUUAGCCAUUCAGUCACUUCUUCGAAUUCUGCUAAACGUGACUCUGCUAACAUACUUGAAGCAGUUCCGGAUACUAUGUGGAACGCAAUAGGUUAUAUGCCUUUGCACGAAGAAAAGUCGCGCAAUUUACCCACAUCCGUAUCGAAACACAUGCAAAACAGCUUGGCUACCGCGUUUCAUGUAAACUCACCGGGUCACUUGUGCGCUGAUAUUGCUGCAAGGAGUAGCCCGCUAAUAAGACAUGUACCGGGACUUAACUUCUCUCAGUAUACUAUACAGGUAAAUCUAACUGAUGCUUUGGCGAUGCUGGAUUAUUCUACCGCUCGACUCGAUGCGUCAGAACUAAUGGAGACUGGUGACGAAGAGAAGAGUGGCGAGAGAAAGUCCACCGGUGGACCUGGCUCCAAUGCAGUCGUAGGCAGCGUGAUGUUUAGCGGCCCUCGAUGCGCCGUUCCAUCCCAUUGCUCAAAAUUAGCGUUGCAAUUUGCAACUACUUUGGUUUUAAGCGCUGAUUUUUAUGAAGCACUCCUGAAGUUCACGCAGAUGGAUCCCAGCUCCCCUAUCAGGAUGCCAUCACUUACCCCAUAUAGCCAUUUGUGCCCCUCGGAUAUUUUACACGGAACUGAACUGUCCUGUUUUCGCUCUUAA